AUGAUCCGCAUUCAAUUCAGGAAGAUGCAUGCCAUUAAAGGAAAAGUUGCAAUUGAUGAAAAUCAACUAAAUUUGGAUCUAACCCUACUGGGAGGACAAAGUUUCCGAUGGGAAAAAUUGGAAGUUGCUGGUAGUGAUGCUAUAUGGAAAGGAGUUGCAUACAAUUCAUAUUGGGAAUUAACACAAGAUUCAAAAAAUGUGUAUUACACCGUCUAUGGUGAUCCACAGCAAAAGCAGGAUGUUGAUUUCUAUGAUAAAUUAUUGAACCGAUACUUACGUUUGGAUUUUAAUUUGAAUGAAAAUGUAAAAAAGUGGCGCAAAUUACAUCCACAUUUUGAAGAGUUAUCGACAAAAUUGAAAGCAGUUCGUGUAUUGGAUCAGGAGCCAUUGGAGAAUAUUCUUUCCUUUAUUUGCAGUCAGAAUAAUAAUAUUAAAAGAAUAUCAUCUAUGAUUGAGUGGCUUUGCUAUCGUUAUGGAAAUAAAAUUGGAAAUUUCCAUGCCAAAGAUGUCUAUACAUUCCCCUCCCUGGAGUCGUUGGUGAAACAUCAAGGAGAGUUGGAAGCCGAAUUACGAACAGCAAAAUUUGGAUAUCGUGCAAAAUUCAUAGCACAAUCGGUGGCGAAAAUACAUGAGUUUGGUGGCACAAAAUGGUUUGAACAUUUACGCAAAUUAUCAUAUACCGAAGCGCGUAAUGAGCUAGUAAAAUUGACGGGUAUUGGUUUUAAAGUUGCCGAUUGUAUUUGCCUUAUGUCGCUGAAUCAUCUAGAAUCAGUGCCCAUCGAUACACAUAUUUUCAAAAUUGCUCAAAGUGUUUAUAUGCCACAGUUGAAAACGGUUAAGGCCGUAACACCAAAGAUCUACGAAGAAAUUGCUGAUAAUUUUCGAAGUAUUUAUGGUCCUUAUGCGGGAUGGACACAGGCGGUAUUGUUUUGCUCCGAGUUACAACAAUUUCAUACUCCAACGGAGGAUGUAAAUACAUUGUCUAAGCCCAAUGCAAAAAAGAAACGCAAAUAA